AAAUAGGUUGAAAAUGGCAACUAAAGGACGCAAGGGUAAAUCAUCCGCAACGAAACCUAAAGUGUCCACAACAUCCAAGGAAUUUUCUUUGGAUGACCUAAAGGACGAAGAAGUUGAAGCGUUAGAGAAGGAAGGUGCUUUUGCGUGGCAGAUUUUAAAGAAAAGCACAAUAAAAGAUCUGAAGAAAUUCAAUGCCGAAGUUGUCAUGGACAAAUUGGCUGGCAUAAUGGGUCUCAAAAAUUGGCAGAGUGACUGGGGCACAGGAGCUCUGUUAGACUUCUACGUGCUAUCGUAUUACUGGUGUGCACAGAAGUCUUUCGAUUCGAGACAGAUAUCGGCCGUUUUUACUCUCGUUAAUAUGCUUAUGGGCCUAAUAAGAGACGGCAGCUCGCUCUUCGAGUUGACGGAAUUUUUAACCGAUACUUUUCGUGGAGUAUCAACGGUAGCAUCUCAGCUAGGAUCCAACGAGCAAAAUGCGACGGCUUAUCAAAAUUCAACUGAAAGUGAGGAGGGUAAACAAACGGCACACCAGUGUCCCAUUGACUGCAUAUCAGCGGAACAAGCUAAAUCGCUCUCGGAGUUCUUGACCACCACGAUUCUUCAGCAUUAUCACCUAUACGCUUAUGGUUAUUCUGAAACACAAGUGGAGGAACUUACUUCAACUGAGUAUAGUAUCCAGACAUUGCCUAUGGCAUCAGUUCCCUUCCCGCCACCCCUGGAGGAAGCGGUAUCCGAGGAAGUGUACAAUGCUUAUGUUCUAACUCCGCCGGGUACUCCGGAGCCAGAGGAGGUUGACCCUAACGUGGUUGUCUCCGGAGAAGUAGAAGGAGCUGAAGGAAGUCGAUCGGCCGAGAGUGCGGCUCUCCUCCAAGAGAUGAGUGAAAAAGAGGACGAAAUUCUGACUGAGCUGACGGUUGACCAGAUUCGAUACAUUGUCAACAAAUUGGCAGCUCAGGAGAUUGGAACCUUCCAGGAAGAGUACCACAAUAAACUGAAGGAGCGCGAGGGAGCUUACUUGCAAAGAAUUACGAAGCUAGCCAAGAGUGUCGACGUGUAAAGCUACAAAAAUAGGACGAGUGUUAGCAGCUAUAACAACUCUAUUCUUUGAAGAUCCCAGCGAACUGUAAAAUACAUAAUUCAAAUUUUAAUUCCGCAGAAUCUGUACAUUGUAAAAUCUGUAAAAAAUGUUAGUUUUGGAUUUUAAGAGUAAAUAACA